AUGCGUGAAUUUGCCUUUGGCCAUCUCCAGUCGCCGCACCGCUACGUGGAGUCGGAGGUGACCAUCCACUACCGCAGCCCCGUGCGCGCCGAGGCGAAGGAGGCGCUGCCGGAGGAGGAGCUGGCGCGCCGCCAGGCGGAGGCCAUGCGCCGCAUCUACCAGGAGGAGCGCCGCCGCAAGUACCUGCAGGAGCUGCAGGACAUGCAGAGCCGCCGGCACACCGACAAUUUCACGUACCGAGCUCUCUACAACUAUAGGCCACAGAAUGAAGAUGAGUUGGAGUUAGUAGAGGGAGAUACAGUCUACGUAAUGGAGAAGUGUGAUGAUGGUUGGUAUGUGGGAUCAAGCCAAAGAACAGGAUUCUUUGGUACGUUCCCGGGUAACUAUGUUGAAAGAUUAUAAAAACUCAAUUUCAUCAAUAGGUGUGUAAGCAAACUUUACUUCCAGGAAUAUCUAGCUACUAACUAGUUCAAGAAGGAACAAAUAUCUCAAACAUGUAUAGUACUAUUUUGACGAAUACUACAUUGAUCCUCUUGUUCCAUUAAUUAUAUUCCUGUGAAGUAUGAGUUACUUUGUAAAUUUCAAUCAGGCAAGAAACUAUUUUAUUAUGUAAAAAGCCUCUUGCCCUAUGAAAGUUAGAUAUGCCAAAGAACUGUUAUGUUGUUGCCUCUGUUGGUAUUUACAAAGUUCUUUGUAUACAAUGUAGAACCUGUUGUUUUGCUUUGUGUUGUGGCUACAAGUAUACAAAGGAUACCGUGAAAACUCAUCAUAAAAUUGUUGGAUGCACUCAACAAGUAUACAUGUAUUCUUUUGAAGAACUUUUAUCUUUUUCCACUGCUUGCUUAUAUUGUUUUACUUUUCAUUCCACAAUCAAUCUUGACUAUAUUCUUCAAAAUACAUCACUUGUCAAUUAGAACAUGCAUUGGUGUAUAAAAUAAGUUAGUUGUUUUGAAUUAAAAUGUGCCACAGUAAAUAAUAUAUAAUUUUACUUUUCAAUUGUUUUGAAGCAGUGGAAGGACAUACGUACUUUGUAAAUGUGUAUGUUGUGUCCCUUUCUUGUACUCUCUCCGAUGCAAGUCAAGUCAUACAUAACUGGUACUUGUAUAGAGCCGGGAACAGUAUGAUGUUCUGUGCUUCCAGAUGUUCUAAAUGAACCUUUGAACUAUUCAUAUGGAUAUUUCAUGAUUUUGUAAGAAAGAAUAAAUAUUAAUUUUCAUUGAUAAAAUUGUUUGCUCCAUUGUUUAGCACACUGAUUGUAAUAAAAGAAAUUGGAAUUUGUCUGUUAGUGUAGAUAAUGUUCUUGUAAUGUCAUUAAGGGACUGCUGAUCCACUUUACUCUUGGAAAUGAAUGUAAAUGUUUUAAACAUUAUUUUUUAAUUAUCAAGAAUGUGUACUAGGUUUUUUCCUUUUGAAAACAGAUUUUUGGAUAUUCACAAAUGAGUUUCAGAAUGAUAACACUAAUAAAAUUUUAAUAUUUUAUUUCUAACAUUAUAUCCAGACUAAGCUAUACUUCCAUUCUAUUGCUGGUCACAUGAAAUGUUUACAAUCCAUAGAAACAAAAACAGAUACUGCUUAAAAAUUAUACCCAAUCUAAUCACAUUUUAUGAUAAAGAACUCUUUAUCUGUUUUUUGUUUUUAAAUUUUAAUUUUAUUCCAGUAGGUUAGAAAUAUCUGAAAUGGCCAACCUUUUAACACCAUUUGGAAGAUCGUCCAUUAUGUUAUCACGAUAUAUGGCCCAUGUCACUGUGUUCUCAUAAUAUUUUUGUAUAAAAAUAAAUAUAUUAAAUAUUGAUCUUAGCUGUACAUAAUGUACAAUUUUUUAAAAAAUUAUUAAACAGCACAUUAUCUUGCUUGGUAUAUUUAAACAUCUAGUCAGUAGCCAAAGCCUGCACAAAGUUACAUUUUAUAUAAAUAUAUAAACUAUUUCAAUUUAUAACAACAUACAAAUUUAAGUUUAUUAUUUUCUGUAUGCUUAACAAUCUAUUCCCUUUAUUUUUCACACAUUGUGCUAAAUGCAUUUCUGUGUUUAGUAAUUUCUUUCAAGAAGUAUUUUUAAAUAUCCUGAAUUUUUUAAAAUUACUCUUUCAGUUUUUUCAUAAUUUGUUUUUUUGACCAGUUCUAAAGUUUUGAGUAGGAUGUAAGUUUGUUUCAAAAAUACAUUUUAUCAGUUCCUUACAUCGUUUCCUGAUAGAAAGAUUAAAUAAGACUCAAAAAUAAUAUAGCAGUGCCUUUUUUACUAAUAUUUAUCUACCAAAGUAGUGAUUAUUGAAAAAAGUAACCCCUCCUAAUCUACUACUUCAAAGUUGAGCAAAUGCAAAUGAGAUAAUCAAGCUUGUAUAUCAAAAAUUCAACAAGACAUGUGACCCAGGAUAUGAGGAGCACAAGUCUCUUUGUAAUUGUAUUUGUAUUUUAUUGAAGAGUGUGACUUGAUAUAAAUGAUAGUAAUUAAAAUAUUAAUACCCAUAUUGAUGGUUUUCUUUUAAACCAGAAAAUGACAAUAAGCCUCUAUCAGUGAAGUAACCAGGUAGAUAUAUAUAUUAUUUUGGUACAAGAAUCAGAAUAACAUAUACACAGUUGAAUUGUUUAUAUCAGCAUUAUAGAUACUGACAGUAAAUAUAAAAAUAUCUUGAAGAAACUUAAUAUUACAAUUCCUCAUCGUACCAGAGACAUGUACUCCUCUAAAAAUGUUACUACUAUUUCAAACUUUAGGGAAACUCAUCAUGUACUUUAGUAAUAAUUGUUUUUGAAUUUUGAAAUGAAUCUAAAAUAUUUUGAGUUAUAACAAUAGAACUGUGCUAUCAGAUAGUACAUGUAUAUCAAUAUGUUUGUUAUCUGAUGUUUCUAUUGAAAUAUUUCUAACGUUCCUUAAGUUAGUUUUGUGUAUGACUCAAUUUACUUUUUAAAAUAAAAAUUUGUGUUAAAGCUGUAAUUAUGUCACAGUUCAAUAAAAAAUUACUAGUCUUUAUGACAAUAUGACUGAAUUUUCAAAAUAACUUAAGAACUGUUCAUUAAAGUAUGCCUUUUACUUAUCAUACAAAUUGAUACAUGCUUUUUGAAACAAUGUUUUAAAUAUGUCAUUGCAAGAUGCUGCAGAAAUCAUUCAACAAUAGAAUUGUAAAUUGAUGAAUACAUUAUUAUAAUAUCAUUGGAAAACUUGCCAUUAUUCCAUUUGUUUAUUUCAUUUGUAUCCUUUUUGUCUUUCAAAAAGUAUUUAUUUUUAAUUUUUAUUAUCAAGUCUGCUUUAAUUUUUGUAGUUUCAUUGCUGUUCAAGUGAAUUUUUUGUCUAUUUAUUUCUCUUGUCAACUUUAAAUCUUUUUGUAUAAAUAAUUAAAGUGACAUUGGUGACUAUGAUAAAGUUACUGCUUUAGUGUUAUUCCCAUCUUCUUAAAUUUUUUUUUUUAUUAAUGGCAAUGAUUUGCACACUUGUUUUCUAAAAAAAACUUUUUAUUGUCAAAGUUUACAUGAUUUCAUCAAAUUACGUUAUGAAGAGAAAAAAAAGCAUUUAGCACAAAAAAUUAAAUAGAAGUUGUUUAUGAGUUUCAAUGCAGCACUGUUUCAAUGAAUUAUGUUAUUAGUCGCCUCUGUUGUUUGAAUACUUCACUACUUGUUGUGCAUUGCAGUGUCAUCUUCUACCUCUUUGCCCUCAUGUGAAUUCUUUGCAUCUGCACUUUCUUGCAUCUUCUUUGACUUUCCAUGUUUUCUUUUUAUUCCUGGUCUUUCUAUCCUAUACAUGUCACAAACAAAUUCAACAAUUUCAGCUACGUAAACAUACAAGGCAAACAGUAAAAGUGCUAUAAAAAUGUUGAAGCCUUCAUAUGCUGAUUCAUAAUUAACAUUUUCUGUAAACCAUUUGUGCCAUUCUUGCACAACUCGAAACCGAGAAGCUGACAUUACCUGUGCCUUUAA